CGGUUUUAAUUUGUCGUCUUAGCUUCACUUCGGCCGUGUUUACGAUCGAAAUAAUGAGGAAAAUAUGAGGAAAGCCAAAGUUGUUUACGAGUUCACUCAGUUUUAUUACACAGUUCGAAAAGAGGACCGCAAUUAUCUCUGGGCGGAUGGUUCGUAUUAUACGGCAGUUUUCGACGGUUAAUUUGACGUGUUUCCAGAUUUGUUUAUCGUUAUAUUGGUUAGGAUAUUUUAUAAGUCAUCAAACAGAUUAAAGUCCAGUGAAUCAUCCUGAAAUAAAUACGUAAGAGUGCGACCUUUUGUAAGAGCCCCCUUCAUUACAAUACAAUUUGAUCGUGUCCGUCCUUCGCCUCUGUUCAGUGUUAAGUUAACAUUUCUUCAGCGGUUCAGUGGCUUUGUAACUUUCACUCGACAUGUGCCGGUAGUGCCGCGUGUUUAAAACAGAUUGCUAAAUAUUUUCUUUAAAAACUAAAAUUAAAAUGUCUGGCAGUGAAAUCAUAGCGGGAAUUGAAGGAGGUGCCUCUAAUACCACGACGGUCCUCCUAAAUCGUCAUGGGAAAAUCGUGGCCACCGCAAAAGGUGACAGCACCAAUCACUUCCUCAUAGGGAUGGAUGAGUGUCUGAAAAGACUGGCUGAAUUGAUAAAUCAAGCUAAGACCAUUGCCAAUAUUCCUUUGGAUACACCGAUAGCGGGAGCUGGAUUGUCGCUAAGUGGUGUUGAGGGGGAGGAAUCGAGGGUGGAAUUGUUAAAAGGGUUGCAAGAAAAAUACCCUAAUUUGGCGUCACAGUAUUGGAUCAGUUCAGAUACAGAGGGUUCGAUUGCUACUGUUAGUAGUAAUGGCGGUGUCGUCUGCAUAGCAGGUACUGGUUCCAACACAGUAGCCAUCAAUCCCGAUGGCACGAAAGUCCAAUGCGGAGGCUGGGGUCAUCUAUUAGGCGACGAAGGCAGUGCCUGGAACAUCUCCUGGACGGCAAUCAAGUACUGCUUUGAUUCUUUGGACGAUUUCCAGACGCCUCCUUAUUCGACCGACAAAAUCUGGCAAUUGGUCAGGCGUCAUUUUGACAUUCGGGACCAAUUUGAUAUCUUAAACUACUUUUACAACGACUUUAGCAAGAGUCGGAUAGCUUUGAUGUGCAAAAGUUUAGCCAAACUGGCCGAGGAGGGAGAUUUAUUAGCAAAAACGAUAUUUUCAAAAGCCGGCGGCGAUUUGGCUAAAGCGAUAACGGCGGUACAUAAGAAAGUGGCGGUCGAGCUCAAAAAUAAACCUGGAGGUUUACAAGUGAUUUGUGUGGGAUCGGUGUGGCUCAGUUGGAGUCUCUUACAGUCAGGCUUUGAGGCAUAUUUAGAGAAUAAUACUGAUAUUAAGCAGCUUACUUUGCUUAGGUUACAAACUGAGGGAGGCGUGGGAGCCGCCUAUAUGGCAGCCGAUAAGUUAAAUUUGGCUCUUGACAGAGCUUACGAGAAGAACUAUAAAGUGUUUUAUGUUUAUGGACAAGGAAAGUUGUGCAAUGGAAAUUCUUGUGAUAAGAAGUAAAUAAGACUUGAACAUUGCCCAAUUUUAGUGAUUUUGACUGAGGACUGCUUUUUCUACUUAUAAAGCUACUUUUUUAUAAAUAAACAUUGUAACGUGCCUAAUAAAAUAUAUCAUAUUAUUAUGUUUACCAUACCACAUAA